UUUUGGCUGCUAGCUCUAUUUACUCAGUCUAGCAAACUGCAGAGAAGCUCCAAAUGCAGAAUUUGUAGGGAGUGGAGUGUUUUUUUGGCUUCUUCUUGCCAAGGUAUUUUGGCUCUUGACUGGGGUCAUCUGUGUGAGAAAUCUCUCUCCUCAGGCUUCUUUCCUAGGGUGGUGAGAAGAUGGGAAGACUGUGGCUAUUGACAAACAGUGCUGUGCAUCCUGCCCUUCUCAGUAAAUGACUGUUAAUGAAUUUAAGUGUUUGGCAGGUAGAAAGCUCUUGUCAGUGAUCAAAACAUGCUGUGUAUACAGCUGUGUGCCUUUCUGAGGGCAGGAAAAUUGGACUCUGAUGCACAGAAGUUUGUGGAUUCCUCCAUGUGUUUUGAAAACUAUAUUUGAGAAGUAUACUGAGCUGUUGCUUGGGAGAAGUAAACACAGCAAGCUGGAGAUAGAGAAAUCACAGCCAUAGAAACAGAAAACCUAAUUAGGAGCAGAGUAGGAAAGCUGGACUUGCAAGAAAACUUAGACAUCUCUCCCCUUCCUCCAAGCCAGUGUUCUUGUUCUAUAAAUAGCUAAGAAAGCUAGGUAGAAUUAGACUGGAAUGGUCUGAGAAGUAAACUGGGGCUGGGCGUGGUGGCUCACGCCUGUAAUCCCAGCACUUUGGGAGGCUGAGGCAGGUGGAUCACUUGAGGCCAUGAGUUCAAAACCAACCUGGCCAACAUGGUGAAACCUUGUCUCUACUAAAAAUACAAAAAUUAGCCGGGUGUGGUGGCAGGCGCCUGUAAUCCCAGCUUACUGGGGAGGCUGAGGCAGGAGAAUCACUUGAACCUCGGUGACAGAAGUUGCAGUGAGCAGAGAUUGUGCCACUGCACUCAGCCUGGGUGACAGAGCGAGACUCCAUCUCAAAAAAAAAAAAAAAGAGGAAGUAAACUGGAUUAGAGGAAGAGGUGUCAUGUGCUCCAAAGGAAGGAAAACUGAUUACAUGUAUGUGAGGAGAGCAAUCUCCCAAGCAACUAUGAUCUGAGGGUCAAACCCUCAAGACCCUAUUUCUCACCCUGAUUUGCCUGACUUAUUGGACAGAAUCCCAUCUGACUUGUCUAUUUCUAGGUUUACUUCUCCCAUUUCUUCCUAAUUAGGUGGUAUUUACAAGCCUCUUCUAAAAAACUUCCAGCCAGUCAUGGUGGCUCGCAUUUGUAAUCCCAGCACUUUAAGAGGCCAAGGCAGGAAGACUGCUUGAGGCCAGAAGUUCAAGAUCAGCCUAGGCAACUGUUCUGUGUCGGAAACGCUCAAGGGGAGAAGAAAAGACACACGCACAAUACCUUUAAGGGUAAACAACCUUUAUCCCAUGUAAAUGGCAACGCAGAUAUAAUAAGCAAAUGAUAUAAUAAUAAGCAAAUGAUAUAAUAAUAAGCAAAUCAUAUAAUAAGCAGAUUGAUAUAAUCAGCAAAUUGCAAUAGGAAGAGGAGAAGGGAAAAGAUAUUUAUAUUCACCAGACUAUGGAGGAUUCACCACCAGACCGGGAAGCAAUAGCCUGGGCUCCAGAGUCGGCCACUGUCCGUGUACAGAUGAUGAGAGGUCUCAUGAAGCUUCGGCGCAGUCUGGGACCCUAACUCUUUUUGUAACAAGUUGUUUGGCAUGAGGCCCAGUCACGAGGGUUCUUCACGACUGGGCUCAAGGAACACAAAAAGGUCAACCUGAUUUUGUGAUUGUCUAUUGUUUUUCAACAACUAAUGUAUAGGAAUAGAUUGAAGUAGAGAUUUCUCCGAAACAGUGCUGGAUGAACGCCUGAAGGGGCUCACACAACCUGUUCUGGGACUUGGUGACCAUUGUUUGUGUCCAUGUUCAACUGAGUUCAAAUUUAAUAUUUAACUUUUCCUCCACAGCAACAUAGUGAGUCCUCACCUCCACAAAAAGUAAAAAAAAAAAAAUUAGGCCAGGCACAGUGGUUCAUGCCUGUAAUCCCGAUGAUGUAGGAGGCUGAGGCAGGAGGAUCACUUGAGCCCAGGGGUUCAAGACCAGCCUGGGCAACAUAGUGAGACCACGUCUCAAAAGAAAGAAACAAAAGAAGGAAAGAAGGAAAGAAAGAAAAAGAAAAGAAAGAAAGAAAGAAAGAAAGAAAGAAAGAAAGAAAGAAAGAAAGAAAGAAAGAAAGAAAAGAAACCAGGCAUCGUGGUGCGCGGGUGUAGUCCUAGCGACUUGAGAGGCUAAGGUGGGAAGAUCAGUUGAACCCAGGAAUUCAAACCUGCAGUAAGCUAUGAUUGUGCCACUGCACUUCAGAUUGGGUGACAGAGUGAGACCCUGUCUCAAAUAAACAUAAACUUUCCACGUGAUCAUGAUUCCUUGCUUAUAGCCUCCCAUCACUGUUAGCCAUGGGUAAAUUCCCAGACCUGGUGCUUCCUGGUUGGCCUAAUUUUAGAGCCAUCUAAAAUCAAUAAUAAGGUAAUAUUAGGGUAAUAAAAUGCUGGGUCUGGAAUAUUUUAAUACCUACUACUAUAGUAAAAAUACUUGGGAUAAAAAUGACAGGCUGGACACAAAAGUUUCCUUUCCUCACUAUCUGACAAAAUCUUCAAAAGAUAGCGAGAAAGAGGCAAAAAUUUCACUUGUAGCCACAAAGCAAGGGAAGAAGUACAACGUUGUGUCAUAAGCCUUAAAAAGCAUUGCUCAAGGAACCUAACAGGAGAUUUUACCUCUAACCUCUUCUUAAACCUACCCCUGCCUUUUCCCAUUAAGCAAGACAGAGAAAUUAGGGAAUUUGAUCCAGUGUUCCUUAAUAACUCCCACUUAGGGGAGAAAUAAACUGAGGUAGCCAGUAGACAGCCCAGGGAAAAGUCAAAGAAACCCAGGAGAGAGGCCAAUAGCACCCACAGCAUGUCAGUAAAGGCAGAAAGAACUGCCAGGGAUCACCAUUUUCUAUGUCCAUGCUGAAUUAGGGAAGUGACCUGAAUUAUGGAAGUGAUCUGAAGCCUGCUCCAAUCAGGUGGAGGCUUCCUGGGUAUAAGAAAUCUCAGAAAAUAGAGCAAAGCCCAGGUGACAUAGUAACAGGUGAAUGUAGUGCCAAAAGAACUCUCCAUUUCAGUGUCCUCAAUGCUGAAUAGAACUCAGCAUUCAGCUUUAAAGUUUUUGUUCUUAGAGGAAGGCAAAUAGGUCUCUAAUAUGGGAAUAGUAAUAAGAACAAUUUCUCCAUGUAAUACAGCAUAUAAACAGAAGGCCCUAGAACAGGGUUUCUCACUUGAGCACUUGACAUUUGGGGCCGGAUAAUUCUUUUGAGUAUUUGUGUGGGGAGGGAAGGGGGCGUCCUAUGACUUGUAGAAUAUUUAGUAGCAUCUCUAAUCUGUACCUACUAGAUGCCAGUAGCAACAUCCCCACCACCACAGUUGCGACACCCAAAAAUGUCUUCAGACAUUACCAAAUGUUGUCUAGGGACAAAAUUAUCCUAAGUUGAGAGCCACUGCUCUAGAAUCCAGACACAACAGCCCACUGCUUCUAUGAGCUAAAAGGAAAUAAAUAGUAUGGCAACUUGAUAAAUGUACUCUAUUCAGAAAAUAAAGGAAUUAAAGAAAGAAGCUAACAAACUAAAGAUGAUAAUGAAUCUACUCUAAAAGAAAAAUAUAACUCAAGGAAAAAGAAGAAAAUUUUUCCCUAGCUCUUUCUCAUUAUAAAAUAAUUUAUUAAGAAUAUACAUCCAACAAAAUGAGAGGUGGUCAUGGUAUACUACCUGGGAACUAAGGCAAAAUCCUCUGAAAAGUAGAGUGAAAUUUUCCACUGUCUCUCCAUGGUGAGACAUGAAACCCUCGGGGGCUCCCAUUGAAGGCCUUCAGGAGUCACAUCCCAGGAAUAAGAGAAAACUCAUGGUAAAUUAAGUCUUACUAAAAAUGUGACACUAGCUCAAUACAGCUCAUUCAUUAUUAGAUUAAUGGAAUUGGCCCCUACUCUGUCUAGUAAAGGAAGAGGUGAAAUUCUUUGGUGAUAAAUGGCAUCUUUAGAAGCCACAAUUUUUAUGUACAUGUCCAGAAUUCAAUACAAAUCAUUAGUCAUGUGAAAGUCAUGUGACAGAUAACCAAGAGAAAAAGUAGCAAUAAAUAGACACAUAGGUGAUCCAGAUCACCCUUAGAGUCAGCAGAUAAAGGCUCUAAAGUAUCUAUGAUUAAUAUAGUCAAGAAAAUAAAUGAAAAAAAUUUAAUAAAAAAUGGAUAAUUAAAGGAACCUAUUAAAAAUCAAAUGGGCAUUCUACAGGUGAAAAAUACACUAUCUGAAAUUAAGAACUCGAUAGAUGUGUUAACAGUGUUUUGGUUAGAGCUGAAGACAGGAUUACUGAACUGGAAGAUGAAUCUAUAGAAAUAUUCCACACUAAAUCACAUGGAAAAAAAUAGAUUAAGAUAAAUUCAGAUACAGUCCAAAGGUCUAACAUACAUGCAAAUUACAGACUCAGAAGUAAAAAAAGAGAAUGAGUUUGAAAUAAUAUUUGACAAUCUUUUGGUCAAGAAUUUUCAAUCUAAAUCAUAUCACUAGCUAUAUUACAUAGAAAUUCAAGUAAAAGACUAGGACUGUCAGACUGGAUUUAAAAGCCCAAGUAUAUGCUAUUUAUAAUAGACCUACUUUAAAUAUAAGGACAAAAAAGGUUAAAAGUAAGUAAAAGAAUGAAAGAAGUUAUACCAAGUGAACUCUUUCCAAAAGCACAUAGAUAUGACUAUAGUAAUAUCAGAACAAAAGCGUUACUAAAUAUAAUGUUUUAUGCUUCCAGAAGCAUUACUAGAUACAAUGCAUUACAUUAACAAAUUAAGGAUUACCAGAUAAAAGAGGGGCAUUUCAUAAGGAUAAAGUAGUCAAUACAAUAGGAUGAUAACAGAACCCUAAAUCUUUGUGCAUGCCAUAAUAUAGCUCCAACCGGAUAAAGGAAAAAACACUGGAAACAACUAAGUGGAGAAACAGAUAAAUAAUCAUAGUGGGGGUCCUUAUGAUACUUUUUUUUUUUGAGACAGAGUCUCGCUCUAUUGCCCAGGCGGGAGUGCAAUAGCAUGAUCUAGGCUCACUGCAACCUCCGCCUCCUGGGUUCAAGUGAUUCUCUCUACCUCAGUCUCCCAAGUAGCUGGACUUACAGGCGCAUGCCACCACACCCAGGUAAUUUUUUGUAUUUUUAGUAGAGAUGGGGUUUUGCCAUGUAGGCCAGGCUGGUCUUGAACUCCUGACCUCAGGUGAUCCACCCACCUCGGCCUCCCAAAGCGCUGGGAUUACAGGCAUGAGCCACCGCGCCUGGCCCAGAUGUUCAUUUUAUCACCAUUUCAACUUUUUUGUGUGUUCCGAAAUGUUUAUAAUAAAAAAAUUGGGGAGGAAGCAUGGUCUGAAACAGAAGGAAUUGUUUUGCAUAUUCCAGAACACAGUUUCCCUCCAAGUUCUUGAAUCUUUUAAUCUGCUUACUUGGGUAGCUGGAAAGUUCUCAGACAUUGAAGGCAUGCAGGGAAGAACAAGUGAGCAGACAAGGUGGAAAAGUGAAUGCAGAGAAGCAAAAGAGACUAAAGGAAAUAUGUCAAAAUGUUGCCAGCGCUUGCCUCUGGGUAGUUAGAUUAUCACUUUUUAAAAAAAUGUCCUUCUUUAUAAUAUUCCAUAAUUUUCAUAUUUUCUACCAUGAUUGUUGAUUAUUUUUAUAAUGAGACAAAAUAAAAUAAAUUUCAUUAAAUAGAACAGGAAUGAAAGAGUGCAAACAGGUAAGAAAGAUUUAAAAAUUGGUUAAAGUUUGAAAUAAACCUGCCCUUUUGGGCAGAGAUGGUAACUGAUUUCUGCUUUUCUUAGAAGUAGAAAACAUUUACAGAGAAAUGUGUUUUGUUUCAGAAGUGUAAAAAAAAAUUACAAUCCCAGAAAAACUGGAGAGUGUGGGAAGAAGUAACUUGACUAGAGUAGUGAUUUAGACACUGGAUGAGAAAGGAGAGGGUUUUCUUUUCCUUAUUUGUGCCUUUGGCUUUGAAGAGUUUGGGGCUUUUGAGGGCUGGUGCUAGAAUCAAAGGAAACAGUGAGGGAGAUGUUCAGGUUUCCUUCCAAAAGACUCAAGCCAAGUUGGAAAGAAGGCAGGGAUUUAGAGCACCCUUUUGGAAGAAAAUGUGAAUGUUAAGGGUUCCCAAAUUGUGAAAAGUGAAGGGCAGUUUUGAAGCUAGAAUUGCUCUUAGAGAUUGUCUACCUGCAUUCUCUCAAUAGAAGGUCCAGAGAGGUUAAAUGACUCAAACAAGGUCAGCCAGAUUAAUGACAGGAGCCAGACUAAAAACACAUCUCAUGCAAGGAUUCAGCUGGGAUGUAAUUAGUAAACAUAUUAUAAAAAUGAGCAUUGUAUAGUGUCUAGGUAUCUAAUGGGUGGCUUAUCCGAAGUAUUUUAGACCUUCAGAACUGUCCAGUAAAGUAACUCCUAUGAAUAGUUUAGGUCACUGGGGGCAUUAACUGCUGUGUAACUGAUUAGAGCCAGUAAUCAUGGUAGAGGUCUGGACUGAUUAGUAAUGAUAAUUGAAGUUGAACAUAAUUAUUUGACUUUAUCCUGUUCUAAUUUAGUGUUAAAAUUAGACCAUGAAAUUGAGAUUAUGCAGGUUAAUGAACUUGAAAAGAAAAAUAAGCAUUUAUAAAACCUCCAAAUUAUACACAUAGACUUCAAAUAACUCAGACCCUCAUAUGCCAACUUGGGAACUUCUUGUCACAGAUUUUAACCAACUAAACCUUCAUGUAGCCUUCAGAAUCCCCACAUAGCCCAUUGUUGAAAAAACGUGGAAGACCCUGGGAAGAUGGAAGGAGAAAAUGUAUGUUUUCACUGUUUUAGGCUAUGAGACUCUGUGGUUUUGUCUCAGCCCUGCCCUAACAAGUUGUGUGAGUCUUGAACAAAUCACUUAACUUUAGAGACCUCAGUUUACUUAUAUGUAUAGACUGUACUUUAAUCUCAGUAUUGUGCUUUCCUACCAAAAAAUGUCAUUUGAGGCCAAGGGUGGUGGCUCACUCCUGUAAUCCAAGCACUUUCAGAGGCUGAGGCAGUGGGAUCAUUUGAGCCCAAGAGUUUGAGAUCAUCCUGGGAAACAUGGUAAAACCUGUCUCUUCAAAAAAUAAAAAAAUUAGCUGAGCAUGGUAGUGCAUGCCCACAGUCCCACCUAUUUAGGAGGCCGAGGUAGGAGGAUGGCUUGAGCCUGGGAGGUUGAGGCUUCAGAGAGCUGUGACUGUGCUACUGCACUCCAGCCUGAGUGAGAGCCUGUCUCAAAAAAUCUCAUUCUAGUCAACUGUUUAUGACAGGAAACACUUGCAAGCAGUUUAUUUUGAACCAGCAUAAGCCAAUCUGUUCUAUAAUUGUCAGGUAAAAGUCAGUAACCUGGCAAUUAAGAUUAGGUGGAGUGUCUAUGUGCCUUUCCCUCACAAUCUUGUUUCCAGGUGGUAAGCAAAGUUAUGAUAAAGGCAAAUCAUAAAACAAAUUCUGCCCGACCACAUUUGUUAAGAAAGCAGGCCAGGUAUAGUGGCUCAUGUCUGUAAUCCCAGCACUUCAGGAGGCCAAGGAAGGAGGAUCACUUGAGGCCAGGAGUUUGAAGUUACAGUGAACUAUGAUCACACUACUGCAGUCUAGCCUGGGUGACAGAGCAAGACCUUGUCUCUAAAAGAUAAAAAUAAAAUAAAAUAAUAAAGCAGGAGGGUCCCUGCUUGUCCUGUGAACUGCUCAGAGCUCCUGUCAGUCCGGCUGGGCAUUCUGGGUUCUGGCACCAUUUCGUAGUCAUUCUCUUUGUAUUUUAAAAGGACGUUAUGAAAGGGCUUAGACAGAAAUAAAUAAUAAUGUUACUUGAGCCACCUUAUAUAGCUGCUUGGAAAGUCUAUGUAGUUCUUUCUGCAUGCAUUAAAAAUGUUUAGAAAUGCUUCAGCAAUGGUAUUUUUUUCCUCAAAGAAACCAUGGCCAGUAGCUAGGUGUUCAGUAGGAACCAAAGAAAAAUCAGUAAGAGCUACAGAUUAAACCUGAUAUUUAACUGAAGGAACGUUCUGAGGAAAAGUACUUACUUAAAAGUAACAAAAAAGGUCAAUGUGAAAACCUUUUUUGACCUGAAAAAGGCCUUGGUAUGGUCCUCCGUGAAUGUGUGUGUGUGUGUGUGUGUGUGUAUACACAUAUUCCUGUUUUUACUGAUUUUUAUUGAUUUUAUUCAAAGAUAUCUGGGGAUUGGAUUGGGGAAUGCUUAGUCUGACUGUUGAAAGAAACAUGGAUUCCUGGAGUAUUUCAGAUACAGGGUUACCGCCCCAGACUGCCUCCCACCAGCCCACAUUGGUGCUCAUUUUCCCUCAUGAUGGUGAAAAACUGUGGAGAGCUAGUAAAGGGUUUAUGCAGAAAACAAGGAGAAGAGAAUGUGAAGUUUGAAGUGCCUAUGGAACAUUCGGCUGAUAAUCUUGCCUAGUAAGAGCAAAAGAAGCCAAUAGAACACCAACGUUUAAGGAGCAGGUAGAGAAAACCCAGCAAAGGGACAGAGGAAUAAGAGGACCAAAGAACAGUGUUAAGAAUCAAGGAGAGAGGUCAGGCAUGCUGGCUCAUGCCUGUAAUCCCAGCACUUUGGGAGGCUGAGGCAGGUGGAUCACUUGAGGCCAGGAGUAUGAGACCAGCCUGGGCAAUGUGGUGAAACCGCGUCUUUACUAAAAAUACAAAAAACUAGCCAGACACGGUGGCACAUGCCUGUAAUACCAGCUACUUGGGAAGCUGAGGCACGAGAAUCACUUGAACCCAGGAGGUAGAGGUUGCAGAGUGAGCCAAGAUCGCAGCACUGCACUCUAGUCUGGGUGACAGAGCAAGACUCUGUCUCAAAAAAAAAAAAAAAAAAAAAAAGACUAGAGAAUGUCAGGGAGCACAUGUGUAUAUUUAAACAACUUCACUUUGCAUUUAAAGACUCGAAGGACAGCGAAGGUGAAAUCAAUUCGCGGGCCACCUAGACUUUCCAGUCUAGGACUAGUGCUGUAGCAAUGAUCUGUUGCGCUGUACAAGAAAAGAGAAAGAGGUGUUCAUUUGAAAACAGAUGUUUUUAUACAUCAGAGUAAAAGCUGUAUUGACAAGCAGGCUGAAUCCCUUCCAUAUAGAAUGAAAUAUGAGCUUGACCCCAGUCCUUAUCUUCAGUUACCUCCAUACCAACUGGUGGCAUGUUGGAUUUAGCAUGUAGAAUAAUUUCACAUCUCUUAUUUUUCCCAAGGUUAACGGCAUCCUUCUGGUACCUGGCUUACAUGUGAACUGAAUUUUGAUCUGGGUUCUAUUUUGAAUUUUUCUCCUUCAGAGACCCAAGUAGGCAACAUGAAAGACAAGUCGCUCUGUUGGACCUUCUUUCAAAAAGGCUUGUCUGAUCUACUCAGAUUCAUGCAAGGGACACAGAAGACUGGUAUCUGAUUCACACCUGAGAAACCUAAUGGAUAAGAAACUAUGAUUGGCUCUGAUCAUAAAUGGCAUGAUGGUAGAGCAAAGAGAAUGAUCAGUGUGCACUACCAGAAUUUAUUCAGGCAACAAGUUGCUGUUUGAUCAAGACACAUCUCUUAAAUCUGAGUUCAGUCUGCAUCCUGAUACAAGAGGAAUGUGCAAAGGCAUGCCUUCUCCUGAGAUUCAACUUGGAUUUAAGCUCAGAGAGGAUCUGCAAGAGCAAAUGAAUAAAAAUAAGAUGAUGCCUAUUCUUAGCGAGGAUACAAUAUUACAGCAGUCUCAAGAUGAAACAGAACGAAAUCAAGCUCUGUUACAGACUAGAAAAAAUUGUUCAAUGUUCAUUGGGUCGUUUCGCCAGUCUGGACUUUCAUUGAACCACCAAAAUAUUGAAGGGCCUGAGGCUGAAAGUCCUGAAGUUUUGCCACACAUAGAAAAGGAACUAAGUGAAGGCAGAGAUUCUCCUGAAGUUAGCCUUCUCUCAGGCACUGCUAUUACAGUAUCUGAUACAGUUGCUGUAAAGGAGACAUCAUUAAUAGAGCCAGAGAAGAUCUUAGCAGCACCAAAUACAUUUUUUGAGCCUAGAAAGGAAGUCACAUUGACCAUGAAUUCUGAAGAAACUAAGGAUGAAGAAAGCUCUCUUGAAACCUUUGUGUCUGCCUUAGAAAGGUUACUUACAUCACCAGAAAGCACCCAGGAGGAAAAAUUGUUUGAAUUAGCAAGUGAUUUUGAUCGUAAAGAAUUGAUGAACCCAUUGAGUGACUCUCUUAGUUGCAUAUCAAUACCUUUGAAUGCCUGGUCAGCAUGUCAUAGAGAUUUACUAGAAAAUGCAAAGGAUGAUGCAUUGCCAGCUGAGUUAUUGGAAGCCCUGAACACAUUGUCGGAAGCCAAGGUGGAAACUAUCUGUCACAGAAAAGAGGGAGGUAGCAGUCUCAUUGCUAGAAAUGAAUGUUUAGAAGCAGAGUUCAAUACGUCUCAGACCAAUGAAGAUUGUACACAAAUAGCAGAGACUCCGCAAGACCCAAAUCCAUCUGGAUUGCAAACUUUGGCUCAUCAAAAUAUCACUUCUUGUGAACCACUAAGUAAUAAGAGAAAUUCAAAUUCAGUGACAAAUAGCUCUGAUCAGGAAACUGCCUGUGUGUUGAGGAGAUCAUCCAGACUAGAAAAACUGAAAGUAAGCAGAGAUGCAAAGUACUCAGAUCACAUGUAUAAGAUGCCAGAAAAGAUUUUACCAAAAAUCCUUGGCUGUGAGGACCUAACAAAUAAUAACUCUUCAGCUCAGAAUUUCAGAAUGCAGGAUCCGGCUUUAAUGAUUGAUGGUAAAGAGAAGAAUAUGCAUUCAGCCAGGUUCAAGAAUGGAAAACAGAUCAGGAAAAAUGAACAAUUUUCAGGAAAAAAAGAAAAAAUGAAGGUGAACAAAAUAUCUCUUGGUAGCAUUAACCGGAGAAACAUUUUUGGAGAGAACUUAGUAUAUAAGGCUGCUCUGCACGAUGAUGCUGAUCUUGUUCAUCAUUGUAUAAGAAAAGGUGGAAAUGUUAAUCAGCCAAGUUAUGCUGGUUGGACAGCACUUCAUGAAGCUAGUGUAGGAGGAUUUUAUCAGACAGCAAGCGAACUAUUAAAAGGUGGAGCAGAUGUAAAUAUUAAAGGAAUGUACCAGAUUACUCCCCUACAUGAUGCAGUGAUGAAUGGACAUUAUAAGGUGGCAGAGUUACUUCUUCUGAAUGGAGCUGAUCCAUUAUUUAGAAAUGAUGAUGGAAAAUGUGCUUUGGAUGAGGCCAAGGAUUUAUGUAUGAAGCGUCUCCUUGAGAGAUAUAUCCCUAAACAUCAAAAAUGCCUUACAUCAGCUCAAAGGAGUAGCAUUGACCCACUAGACACAGACGAUGUGUACCAACACAAGAAACCAAAGUUCAGUUCUAAAAGUCACAUUUGGCAUGUUUGCAAUGAAAAUUCCAACAGACAGAAGCUGGAACAUGUAAAAGUCAAUAAAGGAAGCAAAGAGAGUUUAUUUAUAAAUAAAGAAGAGGUAUAUGAAUAUUACCAAAAAGAUCCCAAAAACACAAAAUUUGGUAAAUCCAAGCAUAAACAAUCAACUCUUAACCAGAUAUACUCUACAGGACUCAGAAAGGGCAAUCUCCAUAACGUCAAAGAUCCCAACACAAACGUGCCAAAAGGUAUAGGAAGAAGAAAAACACAACAUAAAAGGACACAAGUAGAUGAUGUAGACUGUAACCCAAGAAAGACACUAGCUGUCUCUCCUUCCAGGAGAAUAAACGGUUUGGUUACCUAUCAGCAGCAUAUUCCAGAAACCCUUAAUGACCUUCCGGAAGAAUCGUGUGAACCUUCUAGCUUAACUCUGUCAAGCCUGAAAAAUGGAUUAGAUAACAGUACUGAGGCUUGUUCAGUUUCCAAAGAGAUACACAUCCAGAACCUGGAUUUGUCAGAUAGUCAAGAAGUUCAAUGCUUGGAAUUAGAAUCUGUUGACCAAACUGAAGCUAUUUCUUUCCCAGGACUUUCAUUACAUAAAGAAAUCAAGUUACCAGUUGUUACUACAGAUAAGCAGCCUCACACUCUCCAGGAACAACACCAUGUACUUUAUAAAUCUCAUGAAAACAGUAACUUGGUCCCAAAAGAUGAGAGAUUUAACAAAUGGGAAAAUUCUUUCCUAUCCUUUGUAAAGGGAAAUUCUGAUAAUGAUGAUGGUGAUGAUGAUUGCUCUACCUCUGAGAAGGCUAUAACAUCUAAAAAGGUGUUGUGUUCUACAGGUGGCAAAAAACACUAUAAUUUUAAGGAGAAUUUAACAAAUGAAAAAGAAAUGGGUUUUCAACAGUUUUUACUUUCUGAAGAUCAUCUUUCACAGGAAAAUGAGUUAAAAGCAGUCAGCCUAACCACGCUUCCAGAACAGGAAGCUGUUAAUUUUUCUCAUUCAGAUAAUGCAGUUACUUCUGAACAUGUUGCAAAUUAUGAACAAUGCAUAUUUGGACCUUCUUUUGAUCACUCACAUGGCAGUCCUGAGCAAAAUUCCCUGGCUUGUAUGAUAACACUUUCGACACAUGAGGUUUCAAAGUUGACUAAUCAUGUGGAGCUAUUCAAAAAGCCACAGGAUUAUAUUCCCAGAGUACCAACUUUUUUAACGAAUCAAACAGAUACACAUAUCGUGGAAAAGGUGGCAAAGAAUUGUGACACUGAAAGGAAUUACGUUGACAGAGACCAAAAAAUAAUUUAUUCAAAUGAGCCUUUAUCCAUAGUUGUUCAUUCUCAAGUAAUAGAAACAACUAAAGUUGAAAAAAGAAGACAAAACCAUCUAGAAAGUGAGACUAUACAUGAUACAGAUUCUCGUUCCACAAACAAUAUGAGUAAAGAACUGGCCGACAUCUCGCAACUUAGUCAAAGAGAAAAGAAGGAAAUUUCUCACAAACCAGAUGAGGAAUUAACUAAUAACAUCAGUGGAGAUGAAAUAACUAUAAGAAAUUGUGAGGAGAUAAAAGAAAAAACAGAGUCAGAAAUUCACAUGCCUACUAAUAGCCAAGAACACAAAACAGUUCAGAAUUUCAGAAAAAGACAAAGUUUCUUAAAAACUACCUGCAACCUAGGAAUGAAAACAGGUGGGAUCAACAAGAGGAAUGCCAGAGGGGAAAGCCAGCUUCAUUUAGCUGCCAGAAGAGGAAAUCUGUCCCUAGUGAAAGCCCUGAUAGAAUCUGGAGCAGAUGUGAAUCUAAACGAUAAUGCAGGUUGGACACCACUUCAUGAGGCAUCUAAUGAAGGAUCUAUUGAUAUAAUUGUAGAGUUAUUAAAAGCUGGUGCUAAGGUUAAUUGUGAAAAUAUAGAUGGAAUUCUGCCCUUACAUGAUGCUGUUGCAAACAAUCAUUUAAAGGCAGCUGAGAUUCUACUACAAAAUGGAGCAAACCCUAAUCAAAAAGAUCAAAAACAGAAGAGUGCUUUGGAUGAAGCAGAUGAUGAAAAAAUGAAAGAAUUACUAAGAUCUUAUGGUGCUAUUGAGACUGUUAAUAGAGAUGAGAGUGAUGCUAUAGUCAAUGAAAAAAUUCCUGCUGUCCGGUCUAAAAGACAUAAGCAGAGUUUUUGUGAUGAUGGCAAAACUAUUGACUCAUCUUCCCUUUCACACCAAGAAAGAUCAAGCAAAAGCCUUUCUGUGCAUCAGACCCUCAGUGCCAUUCUACAAGAUAUAGAAGAAAAACAAGAAUAUUUAUUAGAGUUUGAAAUAAGAAACCCUGAAGAUGCAGAACAAUACAUUGAAAAGAUGUUAAAGAUAAAAAAGAUUAUGGAUAAUGUGCUUGCCAAGCAGAAAGCAGAAAGGGAUGAUCUGGCUAAAAAAUACAGGGUAUCCAUAGAGUCAUUUAAGCAUGGAGCCCUGAGAGAACAAUUGGCCAACUUAGCUGCAAGACAGAAGAGCCUUUUAGUUGUGGCAAAAAAACAGAAAAAAAUAAGCCUGAAAAUUCAAAACUGUAAGAAUGUUACAUCAUUGCCUUGUCUUAGUUUAAGGAAGCUCCCACCCAGAUCAGAAAUCUCUAGUGAAAAGGACAGCCAAGAGGUCACUAGUCUGGAAAAUUUAGAGCAUCCCCAAUCAGGUUCACUUUCUCCUGUUUCUGGAAGCAUGCAGGAAACACAAUUGUCUCUGGAAACUUGGAACUACAGCCAAAAUACCAACAUUUGUCUAAAUUCAGAGGCAGUGAGAAGGGGAGAAUUUUCUGGAAACGACAUGAAUUCUAAACAAAAUGUCAGUGAUUGUACCUUGGAUGGUUUUCCAAAAUCCAGACAUUCAUAUGGCACAGAGAAGAAUAAAUUACCAUCCCAACCUGUUGCUUUUAUUGGUCAAACAGAAUAUUCACAGAAAGAGAAUGAUCUUACAGAAGCUACAGACAAAGACCAUGAAUUCUAUAUUCCUUCCCCGGUAAUCGGCAAAUUAAAUAUUUCAGAAACUGCAAGUGUCCUUGCCGAAAAUGCUGCCCAUCCAUCAAAUACUAUUUGUGAUCAGGACCUUUCCAAUUAUGUUCCCAAAAGAGGAAACAGAAAAACAAGUUCCCAGCAAUCACCUACAGGGGCAUCAGAAUCCCUGGCACAUCAAGGGAUUGCUGUCUUAGGCAGUGAAACAGUGCAUCAGAUGAAACCAUAUCUUAAAAAAUCAGUUUCUGUUGUUCCAUGUGCAGAUGACAGUCAGAUCUCCUCUGCCUCUGGAUCUGGGCAACAAGAUACUAUAAAAAAGCCUUUAAGCUACAGUACGGCUCCUAAAAAGAAAUUUAUUCAGAUAAAAGAUUUGAUAUUACUAGGAAGAAUUAACCCAGGAAAUAACAUUCUGGAAUUCAAAACACAGGAUUGCAGGUUCCAAGAUGGCCGAAUAGGAACAGCUCCAGUCUACAGCUCCCAGAGUGAGCGACUCAGAAGAUGGGUGAUUUCUGCAUUUUCAACUGAGGAGACUACCCACAAAGCCAGUAUUUUAUUGAAUGGCAAACUUAAGGUAGAAAGUGGUCAGAUUUAUAAAAACCCAGUCACCUGGCUGAAGGAUCUUCUGGGAGGCAACAGUUAUGUGACCUGGAAUUAUGCUUGGAGUAAGGUAACAUAUCUUGGGAAGGAGCUUUUGAAGUAUGUUUCUGAGGAUGCACCCAUACUUCCAGAACCAAACUCAGUACCUCAGCAAUAUCAACCUUGUCUUCCAGAAGUUGCUUGUUUAGAUGACCCAGUACAGGAACCAAACAAAUCAAUGUUUGAGAAAACAAAAUUUGGACAAGGAACUUCCAGAGAGUCAAUGCAAAGCAUCCCACGUUAUCUACAAAUAAAUGAAAUACUAUUAAUCAGUGAUCAAGAAUUUCUCCCAUGCCACAUAAUGGAUCAGCAUUGGAAGUUUUGUGUGGAAUGUGAGGAACUAACACUCUAAAACCUUGGUUUCUUAGUAUUUUAUUAUGUAUUUGUUCAAAUUAUCAACAAACAUUUAUAUUUCAUCUUGUAUAAUCUGGUGGGACUAUUUUAACAUACACUAUAUGAGUUGCUAUUUAAGAUGUAUGUUUACUGUUCUUAAGAUGUAUGUAACUGUUCAACAAUUAUAUAAGAUUAAUGCUUUUUUGCCAUUGAAAUAAAGGCACGUUUGAACUAGACCAUAUUGAUUGGCUCUCUGGCUUUCUUUUUACUAAUAUAAAUUUAAAACUAACUUUUCAAUCAACACCUCUACCUUUGUAUAAAAAACAAUUGAUCCCUAAGGAAAUGAGGAUACAAGUAAGCAUAAUCCAUGUAUAAUUGGUCCUAAAAAGGCCCAGGUUAAACGAAUCCCUUAAGAACUUAAAGUCCUAAUACCUUUAACAUUUCCUGUGAAGUUUUUCUCAAAAUCAAAAUGUAAAAUUAUGAAGGAAGUCUAAAUUUCAUAAAAUUUAGUGUAGAUAGGAUUGUAGCUGUGUUAAGUCUUGGAACAAAGAAUGAAUCAAGUGUUGAUGUGGAGUCUGAUCAUUUAAAAUAGAACAUACUUCACCUUUGACUUUUGCUACAUUAUCAUGAAGACUUUUUUUAAAAAAAGAGAUAUAUUUAAGAGAUUUUUCAGUUUUCUCAAGGGUCUCUCUUAAUCCUUUGAUAGCCAAGUUACUCUUUCCUUGUCUUUCAUUACUGCAGGGUCCCAAAUAAGCUUUUGGCUCCAUGGCCUUAUUUAUCCCUUCUCUUUCUUUUGAGUAUAGAAGUCAAAAUUGCAAUAAACAUAACAGGCAUACCUCAGAGAUACUGCAGGUUUACUUCCAGACUACUGCAGUGAAGUGAAUGUCAACUAAAGGGAGUCAGGUGAUUUUUUUUUCCCAGUUUCUAUAAAAGUUAUGUUUACACUAUACUGUAGUCUAUUAAGUGUGUAAAGGCAUAUCUUAAAACAAUCAAUGUAUGCACCUUAAUUUAAGAAUAUUACCAAAGAAUAUGAGCAUCUGAGCCUUCAGCAGGUUGUAAUCUUUUUGGUGGUAGAGGGUCUUGCCUUGAUGUUGAUGGCUGCUGCCCAGUCAUGGUGGUGGUUGCUGAAGGUUGAGGUAGCUGUGGCAAUUUCUUAAAAUAAGACAACAAUGAAAUUUGCCACAUCAAUAGACUCUUUCUCUCAUGAAAGAUUUAUCUGUAGCAUGCAUUGCUUUUCAAUAGCAUUUUACCCACAGUAAAACUUCUUUGAAAAUCGGAGUCAACCCUCUUACACCCUGCUGCUGUUUUAUCAUCUAAGUUUAUAGAAUACUCUAAAUCCUUAGUUGUCAUUUUAGCAAUGUUCACAUCACCACACCAGGAGUAGAUUUUGUCUCAAGAAACCACUUUCUUUGCUCAUUUGUAAGAAGCAACUCCUUAUCCAUUCAAGUUUGAUCAUGAGAUUUCAACAAUUCAGUCACAUCUUCAGGCUCCACUUCUAAUUCUAGUUGUCUUGCUGUUUCCACCACAUUUGCAGUUGCUUCCUGUACUAAAGUCUUAAACCCCUCAAAGUCAUCCAUGAGGAUUGGAAUCAACUUCUUCCAAACUCCUGUUAAGGUUGAUAUUUUGAUCUCCCAUGAAUCACAGAUGUCCUUAAUGGCAUCUAGAAUGGUGAAUUCUUUCCAGAAGGUUUUCAAUUUACUUUGCCCAGAUCAAUCAAAGGAAUCACUGUCUAUGGCAGCUGUAGUCUUACAAAAUAUAUUUCUUAAAUAAUAAGACUUGAAAGUCAAAAGUACUCCAGUAAUAUUUUGGAAGAAAUCUUUUAUUCUGAGCUGCACAUCUCAACAGUGGGCUUUAAAUAUUCAGUAAACCAUGCUGUAAACAAACAAAUGUACUGUCAUCUAAGCUUUAUUGUUCCAAUUCUAGGUCACAGGCAGAGUAGAUUUUGCACAGGGCUCUAGGAUUUUCAGAAUGGUACAUGAGAAUUGGUUUCAACAUAAAGUCACCAGUUGCAUUAGUCCCUAACAAGAGUCAACCUGUCUUUUGAAGCUUUGAAACCAGGCAUUGACUUCUCCUCUUUAGCUCUAACAGUCCUACAUGGCAUCUUCUUCCAAUAGAAGGCUAAUUAAUCUAUAAUGAAAAUCUGUUUAGCAUAGCCACCUUCAUCAAUAAUCUAGCCAGGUCUUCUGGAUGAUUUACUACGACAUCUACAUCAGCAGGUGCUGCUUCACCUUGCAUUUGUAUUGUAGAGACAGCUUCUUUCUUUAAACUUCAUGAACCAGCCUCUGCCAGCUUCAAACUUUUCUUCUGCAGCUUCCUCACCUCUCUCAGCCUUCAUGAAUUGGAGUUAGGGCCUUGCUCUGGAUUAAGUUUUGGCUUAAAGGAAUGUUGUGGCCAGUUUGAUUUUCUAUCCAGACAACUCCAACUUUAUCUCAGCAAUAAGGCUGCUUUGCUUUCUUAUCAUUUGUGUGUUCACUGGAGUAACACUUUUAAUUUCCUUCAGGAACUCUUCCUUUGCAUUCGCAACUUACCUAACAGUUUGAUGCAAGAGACCUAGCUUUAGGCAUAUCCCGGCUUUCAAUAUGCCUUCUUCACUAAGCUUAAUCAUUUCUAGCUUUUGAUUUAAAGUGAGAGGUGUGCAACUCUUUCUUGCACUUGAGUACUUAGGCCAUUAUAGGGUUACUAACUGGCCUAACUUCAAUAUUGUCAGAACAAAACAACUAUAAUAAUAACAUCAAAGAUCACUGCUCACAGAUUACCAUAACAGAUAUAAUGAUAACAAAAAAGUUUGAAAUAUUUUGAGAACUACCCACAUGUGACACAGACACGAAGUGAGCAUGUGCUGUUGGAAAAAUUGGUGCUGAUAGACUUGCUCAAUGCAGGGUUGCCACAAACCUUCAAUUUGUAAAAAAAAAAAAAAUUAAUAUCUGCAAAGUGCAAUAAAAUGAUGUGUGCCUGCUCUCAUGCAAGUCCAGUGAUUUUGGUGGGUGGUGAUAUGGUGUUGCUUUUUGAAUAUUUUCUUAUUUUAAAUGUAUACAACAUUAAGAUACAUCUUUAGAAUAUAUAAGAAACUGCUUAACAGUGGCCUCUGGAGAAAUAAAUUACGGGGCUGGAGAACCAAGGAAAAAGACCUACUUUUGACUAUAUAUACCUGGAAAUAUUUGUCUAUUAAUAAAAGUGUAAAGACAUAUUAAAUCAUUUUAUUUUUCUUCCUUCAAGAGUCCAGUGAAAAUGUUCAGGAUAGAAUAA